AUGUGGGGCAUGUAUAUUGGAAUGAAUUUGGCUAGAAGACAAGGAAUUACUCAUCUUCAAGUUGAAAGUGAUUCGAAGGUGUUAGUUGAAAUGGUAACAGGAAAUUGCAAUGUCAACGACAAUAUUCCUACCUUGGUUAGACGUAUUCGUGAUCUUACCAACAUGAAUUGGCAUGUCCAGAUUAAUCACACAUGGCAUGAAGGAAACAAAUCAGCUUAUCGGUUAGCUAAUUACAGUCUAACGUUAAACUCUUUUGAUUUGCAUGUUUUGGAGACACCUCCUACAAAGCUUCAAAGUCUCUUGUUUUAUGACAGUUUCGGCAUGUGCAUGCCUUGGAGUGUUCGUUUAGUUUCAUAG